UGGGAGGCAGAUGCACUCUGACUGGAAAAAGAAUGGAGCAUGAUCUAAAUUGCCCGACAUGUCUGGAGACUUUCAAAGAUCCUGUCAUACUGCCAUGCGGUCACAGCUUCUGUCGUGCCUGUUUGCACCAGUGGAAGGAGAAAGGAGAUCAAUCGUGUCCAGUCUGUAGGACAGAUUUUAGUUCAGUGGAACCAUCUCCAAACUUAGCAUUGAGGAAUAUGUGUGAGAACUUUGAAGGAGCCUCAGUGAACUCAGAGAACAUCUGCAGUUUACAGAUGGAGAAACUUCAACUCCUCUGUUUAAACCACCAAGAGCUUGUGUGUGUCCUCCGCGUACCUUCAAAAAGCCACACUGGCCACGAGUUCUCCUCUGUUGAAGAAGCUUCCCAAGAUUACGGAAAAAAGAUCCAGGAAGGCCUACAGAAUGCAAAGGAACGACUAAAAGAUUAUAUGGAUUGUACAAACAAAUGCAAUGAACAAGCAGAGUACAUCAAGGCCCAGAGAAAGCAGGUGGAAAGCAAGAUUAAGAAGGAUUUUGAGGAGCUUCGGCACUUCCUGCAGAUUGAAGAGGAGGCCAGGUUGUCUGCUGUCAGGGAAGAAGAGAUUAAGAAGAGUCAGAUGAUGAAGGAGAAAAUUGCAUCUCUCAGUGAAGAAAUGGCUGCUCUCUCAAACAUGAUCAAAAGCACAGAAGAGCAGCUUGUGUCCAACCCUGUUUCCUUAAUGCAGAACUUCCAGACUGCAAUGAGCAGAAUCCAAGACCUGCCCGACAAGCCUCAGCUACCCCAAGGAGCUCUCCUGGAUGAAGCCAAACAUGUGGCCAACCUCAAGUUCACUGUGUGGGAGCAAAUGAAGGGAAUGGUCUGCUACAGUUACGUCAUUCUGGACCCAAACACGGCCGGUCCACAACUCCAUCUUUCUGAAGAUCUGACCAGCGUGAGUUUAAAAGAAACACAGCAACGUCCAAAGAAUCCCGAGAGACGUGUGUGGAACGAAGUGCUCGGUUGUGCUUUGUCCUCCUCAGGAGCACACACGUGGGACGUUGAGGUGGGAGACAACGCAUACUGGUACGUGGGGGUUUUGUGGGGGGACCCAUGUUCACUAGCUAGCCUGAACUGUUGUCUCACUGGAUUCCGUUAUGGUAAAUACAUAAAGUUUGGUGCCCCAAUUGAAUCCUGGAAUCCGCCCGAGAAACUUCAGAUGAUGCGCCUUCAUGUGGACAUGGACAAAAGGUCACUUUCGGUGUCAAACUCUCUUACAAAUGCCCAUAUAAUGACAAAAUUGAAUAUUGACUUGAGUGGGAACAAAAAAAUGUAUCCUUACUUUUCUACAGCAGCUAAAAGUCCGCUGAAAAUAAUCCCACGUUCACGUCGUGUUACGACUGCGAAUAAAUGAGAGUGUUUUCCUCCUUUAAUUUUUUUUGCAUGCAGGAAAAGCUAAUAGUUAAUAUUGUGGUAUUAUAAAUCAAUUGAAAUCAGUUAAACUAUUUCUGCUAUAGUUUUUGAAUGGACAAUUAUCGAUUUGUACAAUGUAAAAAAUAAAAAAGAAUUAUUCAUUUAGCCAAAAUCAUUACGUGUUUUGAAUGACCUGCAGAUUUCUAUUGUUUUCUUCUCCAAAUACAAUCUUUUGUGACGUUGUUUUCAAGUUGAAUGUUUCUUGUCUCACUUGGUGUAAGAAACAAAAUGAGACUUCCUGAAAAAUAAUAUUCGUAAUCAACCAGAAGACAUGACAGUUACCAGCUAUGCAUUUAAGACAUGGCCGCGUAGCAUUCAGUGUCAGUUCGUCAGCGACUGAGGUCAGUUCGUACUGUCAGGUACGAGACGGAAGAACCAGUUGCGUAUCGCGAACACAGGAUUUUAUUGAUAUGGACAGUCGACAUGUGCUGAGUCCUUGACAAACUGACACCGAAUGCUAUGAGUCCAUGCCUUAUAUCAGGGGUCCCCAAACUUUUUCCUGUGAGGGCCACAUAACUUUCCCUUUCUCUGAUGAGGAGCCGGGGUCAGUUUGUAACAGAAAAGGUGUGACGAUUGCAGGAGUGCCAAAAUGUAAAGAUAUAUUAUUUUUCAGAAAGCAACAAUCAAAUAACCCUUUCUAGAUUCUUCACUGUCAUGCCACGUAGCUUCCUGUUUUAUUUUGAAGGCUUCACCCUCUUCAUAGUCGCGUACUUGCCCUUCCUCUUGUCAUCUAAUCACCUAUUGUUUCCACCUGUUCCCCAUUACCAUGUGUGUGUAUAUAAUGCCCUAGUUCCCCUUGUCUUGUGCAGAAGUGUCUUUCAUCCAAGGUCAGUCACGUCAGCCUCUCGCCAUAGCCAAUCGCCAUAGCCAAUCGCCAUAACCUAUCAUUGUUUUACUGAAUAUUAUCCUCCAUUGGAGCGCUUUGUGUUUGAACCUUUUCGAUCUUAGCCAUCUUGCCUUUUUCCUCCAUUUGGAGCGUUUUGUGUUUUUGCCUUUCCUCCCUUUUGGAGUGAAUUUUUGUUUGAACUUUGAUUGUGGUUGCACCUGACUUAUUCCUCCGUUGGAGAGUUUUUUGUUUGCACCUUUUUCUCAUUCCCGCAUGUCAGCGGAAGAACCUGUGUUCAAAAUAAAGUUUUUGCCUGAACCUCCGCAACUGAGUCCGCCUCGUCAUCUCGGCCUUACAUUCACAGAAUAAAA